UCCUUGGGACGCUCCUGGGAUUGAGAAAAUUCCUGAGACAUCCCUGGGACACUCCUGGGACUGAGAAAAUUCCCGGGACGCUCUUGGGACCGAGAAAAUUCCCGGGACACCUCCAGGACACCCCUGGGACACCCUCGGGACUGCCGGAAAUUCCCGAGCCGCUUUUGGGAUUCCCGGGCUGCUUUCGGGACUCCGGGGCCAGCGCAAGCCCCGGCGAGGCGAGGAGGCCCCGGCUUCCGUCCCGCUGCCCGGGGCCAUGUUCUGCUUCCUGCCCGGGAGGAGCAGGCGCCCGCGGGAUCCCCCCGGGGCCCGGGAUCCCCCCGGAGCCCGGGAUCCAGGAGCUUUCCCGCGGGAUCCAGGAGCUUUCCCGCAGGAUUCCCGGCGGCCCGGGCAGGGCUGGGCCCGGCCGUGGCGCCAGGACGGGAUGCGGCAUUCCCGAGGAGCCGGGCACGCCGGGAUGCCGGGAGAGGCGGGAGACGGGCCCGGCGGCGCGCGGGUGAACGGGGAGCAGCCGGAGGUGGGGAGCGGCCCCGGAGGGAUCCGGGCCCUCGGGAAGGACUCUGGGGACCAGCCGGGUGUCCCGCGCCAAGCCCGGAAUGGGAAUGUGCCCGGGGAAGGGACGGCUCGGGCUCGGCGACGCGCCCCGCUGCCACCCGGGGCUGGGAGCAGGGAGGAUGAGGAGGGAGAGCCCGGCAGGAAUUCCCGGAGCCGGGACAUGGACGGUGCCACCGGGAAUGGGAAUGUGCUGAUGGAAGGGAUGGCUCGGGCUCAGCCUCGGCCCCCGCCCCCGCUCCCUCCCCGGGUUGGGAGAUGCGAGGAUGAGGAGGGAGAGCCCGGCAGGAAUUCCCGGAGCCGGGAGAGUGACACGGGCGCUGCCUCCAGCCCCGGAGGUGCCGGCCGGAGCCCGGAGGCUCCGUCGGGAGCGGAGUGCAGGGAGCGGCUCCGGCUGGGAGAGGACAUGGAGAGCUGGGAAGGGAAGGCCACGGCGGAGCUGGCGGCCGGACUGCUCCACCGGGAGCAGGGCACCGGAGCCAGCCCGGACUGCGGCGUUCCCGGCGGGAAUUACGGGAGCCUCCCUGGAGUGCCGAGGGUCAGCGGGAACGCCGAGAGUGUGGAGGAGGACUCGGGCUUGGGAUGGGGCUUGGGCUCGGGCUCAGGCUCGGACCAGGAGCAGGGCUCCGGAGCCAGCCCGGACCACAGCGUUCCCAGCGGGAAUUACGGGAGCCUCCCCCGAGUGCUGACGGUCAGCGGGAACGCCGAGAGCUCGGACUCGGACUCGGGCUCGGAGUGGGAGCAGGGCGCCGUGAACAUCCUCCUGGUGAGGGCUCCCCACCCCCUGGAGCAGAGGUUCCCGGAGGCGUGGGCGCGCUCCUGGCUGGACUGCGGGCGCGUGGCCGAGGAGGAGCAGCUGGCCGGGGGCCCGGUGCCCUUCCAGCAGCAGCGCCCGCUGCGCCCGCACGAGGAGAUGAAGAUGGCAGAGCUGCUGCAGGAAUACCGGAAGGAGGGAAUCGUGGUGGAGGGCACCUCCAAAUCCAACAAUUCCUUGAUUCUCUUCCGAAAACCGCACGGCCGCGGCGACCGCCUGACCCUGGACUGCGCCGCCCUCAACGCCGCCACUCCCAAAAAGCCCCAGGAGAGGCUGGACCGGCACGGCAUCCUGGCGUCCGUCAACCCCCGGAGCCGCUUCUUCUCGGUGCUGGAUUUGUCCAACGCCAGCCUCGCCAUCCCGCUGGAGCCCAGCUCCCGGCACCGCUUCGCCUUCACCUUCCGGGGCCAGCAGUUCCUGUUCACGCGGCUGCCGCCGACGUUCCGCGGCAGCGGCUCCAUCGUGCACCGCCGCGUGGCCGCCAUGCUGGCCGGGCUGGAGCCCGGCGCCGCCCGCGGCGUCUUCCACUACUGCGACGACAUCCUGAUCACCGGGAAGCGGCGGCGGCAGGUGAGGUACCGGACCCGCUGCGUCCUGAAGCUGAUCCAGAGGGCCGGCUUCAAGGUGAACCGGGAGAAGGCGCAGCUGGUGCAGCACGAGGUGAAUUACCUGGGCAGGACCCUGGGGGCCGCGGGGCGCCGCGUCUCCCAGGAGAAGCUGCAGGAGAUCUGCGGGGAGUGCGACGCGCCCGGGCCCUGGAAUCCCGCCCGGCUCCGCUCCGUCCUCGGCAAGUUCGAGGAUCUGAAGGAAUUCAUCCCCGACUACUGCGAGCUGGUGCUGCCGCUGUGGCCGCUGGCGGCGGCGGGGAAGCGGGAACGGGAGCGGGAGCAGACGUGGCAGCGGGAGUGGGAACGGGCCCGGGAGCGGCUGCGGCAGCUGCAGGAGGCCCUGAGGGCCGCGCCCACCCUGCUCUUCCCGAAUACAUGCCAGCCCUUCGUGAUCCGGCUGUCGGUGCACGCGCGGACGGUGGGAGCCGUGCUGCUGCAGGAGAGGGCGGGAACGCUGCUCCCGGUGCGACACUGGUCCCACAGGCUCGGGGGCCAGAGCUGGUCCCCGCAGGCCGCCUCGUGCCUGGCGGCCGUCUGGGCCGUCCAGGCCUUCCAGAAACUCACGGGGCCGGCUCCCAUCGUCAUCCGGGACCCCGCCGGGCGCUACCUGCUCCGGGGCGAGCCGCUGCGCGCCGGCGGCUCCGGCGGCUCCCAGCCCGCGGAGCAGUGGAGGCUGCUGGUGGCCACCGAGGGCCCGGAGCCGCGGGAAUCCCGAACGGUGACGAUCCCGCUGGCCCCGGCGCUCUGCCAGCUGCCGCCCGACAUUCCCAAAGCCAACGUCUGGUUCCUGGCCGUGGAGAAGGGAUGGUCCCAAAAACCGGCCGUGGCCUUCGCCGCCGCCAGCCUGGAGGAGCGCUGGCUGCUGGGCGUGCGGCAGGGCCCCGAGGAGGAGGAGGCGGCGCUGGAGGCGCUGCGGGCGCUGCUGAAGCAGCACCGGAGCCGCUCCCCGCUGUUCCUGUAUUCCAGCUGCCCGGGGCUGGCGGCGGAGCUGGAACUGCUGGAGCGGGGCCGGCACCGCGGCGGGGCCGCGGCGGCCGAGGUGCUGCACUGGCUCCGCGCCUUCCCGGGAGCGCUCCGCCUGCGCCAGGUGGGAGCGCCGGGCCCGGCGGCGCCGGACGAGUGGAGCUGGAUUCAGAGGGUGACCGCCAGGGCCAGGGCCAGGGCCAGGAAUUCCGUCAGCCGCGGGAAAUCCUGGGAGCCGUCGGCGCUGGAGCGGCAGGAGAUCGUGGCGCAGUGCCACCGCCGGCACCACGAGGGCGUCGAGGGCACGCUGCGCCGCGUGCUGGCCGCGCAGCCGUGGAGCGGCGCCCGCCAGGACGUGGCACGGGAUUUGGGCUCUCAGGGAUCCCUGGAGUGGGAUUUGGGGGCUGCCAGGGCGGCACUGCCCGCCUGCGCCGUUCCCUGCGCGGCCCGGCGGUGGCACGCGGAGCGGCUGAGCUCCAGCCUGGCGCAGCAUUCCCGGCGGCUCCACGAGCUCCAGGGAAUGGCGGCCGAGGCGGAGGCCGCGCGGCAGAACCUGACGCGGAGCCUCGAUGUGCGGCAUGGAGCCGCUCCGGGGCCUGCGGGCCCUGCCGGGUCCGGCCGCGCGGGAGGCGCCGCGGAGCUCCGAGGGGACACAGGAGACACGCAGGAGACGGCGCUGCGGCCGCAGCUGGGCGAUGCCGGGCGCGGCUGGACGAGCAGCAGGAUGAGGCCGUGGCCAUCGCGGCCAGCGCUGGCGGGCGCGUGCACUGCACCUCCUCACUGCCCUCAGAGUGAGGCCUGCAGCCUGGAGCUCCGCGGGCACGGGCUGGAGCUCCGCGGGCACGGGCUGGAGUUCUGCAGGUACAGCCUGGAGCUCCGCGGGCACGGGCUGGAGUUCUGCAGGUACAGCUUGGAGCUCUGCGGGCAGGGGCUGGAGCUCCACGGGCAUGGGCUGGAGCUCCGCGAGCACGGGCUGGAGUUCUGCAGGUACAGCCUGGAGCUCCGCGAGCACGGGCUGGAGCUCCGCGGGCACGGGCUGGAGUUCUGCAGGUACAGCUUGGAGCUCUGCGGGCAGGGGCUGGAGCUCCACGGGCAUGGGCUGGAGCUCCGCGAGCACGGGCUGGAGUUCUGCAGGUACAGCCUGGAGCUCCGCGGGCACGGGCUGGAGCUCCGCGGGCACGGGCUGGAGCUCCGCAAGCACGGGCUGGAGCUCCGCGGGCACGGGCUGGAGCUCCGCGGGCACGGGCUGGAGUUCUGCAGGUACAGCCUGGAGCUCCACGAGCACGGGCUGGAGCUCCACGAGCAUGGGCUGGAGCUCCACGGGCAUGGCCUGGACUCUGUGGGCACAGGCUGGAGCUCCGCGAGCACGGGCUGCAGCUCCGCGGGCAGGGGCUGGAGCUCCGCGCGCACGGGCUGGAGCUCCGCGAGCUCGGCCGGUCUCUCGGGACGCUCCGGGCGGGCGCGGAGCAGCUCCGGGAGCAGUCUGGGUGCCGGGGGCCCGGCUGGAGCCGGGCGUGAGGAACCGGCCCUGGCGGUGGUGCAGGAGGUGAGGGCGGUGGGCGCGCGGCACGCGGAGCUGCUCCGGAACGGCAGCGGGCUCCGAGGGGCGACCCCGGAUCCGGGAGAGCGCCGGGAACUCAAGGGCGACCUCGGGGAUUCGGGAUCGCCGGGAUCGCCGGGACCUCUGGGAUUGCCGGGACCUCCGGGAUUGCCAGGACCUCCGGGAUUGCCAGGAUCUCUGGGACCUCCGGGAUCGCCAAUUCCUCGAUCUCUGGGACCUCCGGGAUCGCCAGGAUCUCCGGGAUCUCUGGGAUCUCCGGGAUUGCCGGGAUCUCUGGGAUCUCCAGGAUCUCUGGGACCUCCGGGGUCGCCGGGAUCUCCGGGAUCUCUGGGAUCUCCGGGAGCGGCCGGGCCACGGGGGCAGCGGGGCCCUCCCGGCUCCCGCGGCAUUCCCGGCUCCAAGGGUGACAAGGGAAUCCCGGGGCGGAGAACUGGGGACAGGGGGACACCGGGAGAACCGGGAGAACCGGGGACACCGGGACCAUCCGGAGCCCGCGGGGAGCCCGAGCGGGGGCAGCGGGGCCCGCCCGGCUCCCGCGGCAUUCCCGGCUCCAAGGGUGACAAGGGAAUCCCGGGAGCCCGCGGGGCCCCGGGGAGGUGCCGGGAACAUCCCGAUGGAAUUUUCGGGAAAUCGGGGAGGAUUUGGGGGGAAUUCUGGGGAAUUUGUGGGGAGCUGAACCCCGGGGAAGUGCCGGGAUGA